AUGGAUAAUGCAUUGGUCGAUGCACUGGUCGAGAAGGUAAAUCUUGGUCAGAAAAGUGACGUUAGUUUCAAGCUAGAAGCUUACAAGGACAUGUUGAAUGCGAGUGGCUUUGGCUGGGAUGCUGACUUGAAAAUGGUUAUCGCUACGGAUGAUGUAUGGGAGGAGUACAUUGUGUCUCACCCAUAUGUGGAAAGAGUACAUAGAAAACAGAUUGAUAGGUACAAUGACUUGACUUUUAUGUUUGGGAAUGAUUGUGCCCAUGGGUCAUAUGCCAAUACCGCGUACUCUUCACCCCUUUCUAGACGCCGCCGCCAAAGAGAUGAGGUUGAUUCUGACAAUGAGUCUAAAAAGAAUGGCGAUGAAACUGUACGUCUUUCUUCAGAUGACGAGGAUGAACAUGAUAAUGGUUCGGCCCAUUGUCUCAAUGAGGGUUCGCAGAAGCAGUCAAAAAGGGUUAAUAAGGGCCCUAUGGAGACCUCGAGAGGGUCUAGAAAUAGUCAUAGCACUGCUAGUGGCAUGACCCGACAACGAAGGGAGGAAGUGGAUGGUCUCAACCAUGAGGACCAGGUCCGGGCUACUCGGCUGCUGCAGAAAGAUAUUGUUAGUGCCAGUUUUUUCUUGAAAAUGGGGCAUGAGAGGAGGAAGGAGUGGGUACAGAAGCUCCUCGACCGCAAUGCCGUUGUCUAA